UUCUCGCACAACAAACAUGGCGGAAACGACAGGAAAGGACGGUUCUGAGAGUUAUUGGAAGGAUGUAACCUUGCAAUUUCCCGAUGGUUAUGAGGUGACAGUAUGUUUGGAAAGGCCAGUUAUUCAAAAGCUGGAUGCUGGAGACGUUAAUCUGAUGAAUGAAAUCCGAAAACAACUGCUCCACUGUCCAUCCCAGUCAGUCCAAGAUCCAUCUCCAGUCCAGGGAUCACCUCCAUCAGUCCAGGCUACACCAUCUCCAGUCCAGGGACCUCCUUCAUCAGUGAAGGGUCCAUCAGUCGAAGGUCCAUCAUCAUCAGUCCAAAGCACACCUUCUUCAGUACAUGACUCACCAUCAUCAAUCCAGGUAGCAACUCCAUUAUUCCAAGAGGCUAAUGAUACUGAAUCUUCGACUUCAAAUCAGUACUCGCAAGAUGUUGACCUCGGAACAAACAAAUGGUCUAUUUCUGCUGUCCACAGAUUGAUUGAUUUGUACCAGGAAUCGGAAGCCAAAUUCACUUCCGUGAAGUAUAAGAAGAAAGAGAUUUGGGCCGACAUUACCAAAAAGCUUCAGGGUGAAGGAUUCAUUGACAAAAGCAUCACAAGUGUACAGGUUCAACAAAAAUGGAAGAAUGUAAGCAAGAAAUAUCGAGACACAGUGGACCACAACAACACCUCUGGGAACAAUCGAAAAAGCUGUCCAUUCUAUGAACGACUGCAUGAGGUGCUUGGUCACAAGCCGAAAGUACAACCUAAAGUUCUAGCCUGCUCUUCAAGUGGUGUUAUCAAACCUUCCAUAGAGAAAAAAAAGAGAAAGUUUGAAGGAAAAAUUUAUUCAAGUUCAGAUGAAAAUGAUGCAAGUCUUCCAUCGAUCAUACACAGAAGGCCCAGAAAGAAAGUAAAGUCUAAUGUUAAGGGUGAAAUUUCAACAUUUCGGCAGGAACAAAAUAAAAAUCAGCAACAACUCUUGGAAACUAUUAAAAAAAUGCAUGAGGACCGAAUGAGAAUGUUCGAAUCAUUCUUGGAUGUUUUGAAAAAAGAAUCAUAAACUGACUUCUUUACUAUUGCCAAUCUGUUUAAGAUUUUCAUUAGAUUAUAUUAGUAAGUGCACAGAAAUGGCACUGUGAUGAAGACGUUUGUUUUGCAGCAAGAAAACAAUUUCUGUUUGUAUAUUUCAUAUUUCCGUCUAUUUUUUUACAGUAAAGUGCCAAGAAUGUCAAGGUGAACAUGGAGCUUACACAUGUGUUAUCCAAAGAAAUUGCUAGUGUAAUAUAUUUAAUUUUUUUUACGGUUUAAAUUUUUUAUUUCUCACCAUGUUUUUUCUGAUGUCAUGUCAUCCUUUUGUUCAUCAGUACCUGUUGGUGCUAGCAUGUUUACUGCAGUAUUUCUUUAUAUUGUGCAAUAAUAGUGAGAUACCCUUUGA